AUGGCGAAUAAGUCAUUUGACGACAAUGCGGGUCCAGCAUCCCAAACCCCAGGUACGGAGCAGCCAUCCUCGAUAACUGAUGAGUUGUCAGCGGUCCGGUCGCAUGGUGUUGCAUCCACCGACGACACGAGUGCUCCUCGCCAGUCAUCGACUCGGCGGCCGAAGUGUCGCUUUUUCAAAACCAAAAAGGGAUGUCGACUUGGAACAGAAUGUCCAUUUCUCCAUGAUGCCUCGGCCACCGAGCCUAAACAGUCUGGAUCGGAUCAGCCGACACCCGCUCAGUCUUCGGGCUAUGGAAACCGAAAUUCGGUGCAAGGGAUUGUCGCUGGGGCUCAGAACUUGAACAUUGGUGGUAACCAGCCGAAACAGAGCUCUACCGCAGCUCCUGUCCAACCCCAAAGACCAGUCUCUAAAUUGGAGCAGUCCGAUCCAAGAGAGUUCCAGCUCAACCAGCUGAGGCGGCGAUACCGCCCACAGGAAGUUAAGGACGACCAAGGCUCUACAUUGACCUUUGGCUUGGCACCUUCUGACCCGGACUUUCCAUUUGAGAUGGAAAACUUACAAUGUGUCCUUCAGGUCCCUAACUCAUACCCUCAAAAGCGGCCCACUCUUGCAGUGACCAAUCCCGAAAUGGAAGCUGCAUAUCAAGCAAAUGUUGUUAGAGGCUUCAAUGAAAUCGUUGAUUUCAGCUACCGCACCAAUAGCCGAGGAACCCUACUAGGCUGGCUGAACAGUUUGGAUAAAAAGCUUGAACCGUUGCUUACAACUCUGGAGCGUGGGCCAACGUUGAAGUUCUUUGCUAAUACCGGUGACGGAUCGACAAGCAAAGAACCUGUCAAGGCUCCGGAGAAGACUCCAAAGCAGCCGAGCCCGUCUCGAGCUCCCACUAAAGCACCCAGUGCUGCCAAGUCAGCACCACAAACCCGGGCUGUGGUACCCCAACACACGUCUGAAGCGAAAGCUGCGGCCCAGAAGAGACGAGCUGCUGAGACGAAACAGCUCGAGGCGCGCCUGGGAAGAUUGCCACUGUUUCAGAAACUUUCGGACGGCAGGACAUACAUUCUUCCCAUACAACCUACCAAAAAGGAUCGGCUCCCGAGAACACUUCAAGCACUCAAGACUGUCAGGUUGUUUGUGCCACAACUGUACCCGCUUGAGCACAGCUCAAUCAAGCUGCAGGGGGUCGAGGGGCUAGAGGCAAAAGCCACGGAAGUGGGAUUCACUCAGUGGGUCGAACAGACUUCACAGCUGAGUCUUGUAUCUCAGGUCAACUACCUGACGAGCAACAUUCACAAAUUCGCCGAAACGCCCUUACCAGAAGAGCAAGAUUCCGCGGAGGCUGUGCUCCCUAGCGUCGAAGCUGAUGAGGAUGAGUCUUUAGAGGAGCCUGUAAACCCACCUACGGCGCCCUCAACUCGUGAGGAAAAUGACCGCCCCCAUCUAGUUGUCAUUCCCCGGCCACCUGAAUGGUCAGUCCCCGACCCUGAGGGUGGCGCGGGCGAAACAUCAGAUGAGUCGAGUUACGAUGAAGACGAUGGCACGGAGACCGAAGAGGAUGAAGAAGGCGGUGCACCUGUUGCCACUUCAGUGGACAACAACGCUUCCGGCCGCGGCGUCGCACUUUCCUUCCCGUUCUUAGAGCUCUACGGAAUUGAGCUUUUGGAGAUCAUGCAUCUCAAUAUCACCAUCAAAUGUGAGAGGUGUAAGGUGUCAGCCGACAUCAAGAACGUGCCACAGGUUACGGAAGAAAAAGGCAUGACGCCGAGAAUGGAGUCAUGCAAGAAGUGCGCUAAUAAUAUGAGCGUCGCAUUCCGGAAACAGUUGAUGCAUGCUCAUGCUGAUCGUGCUGGCUACCUCGACUUGGGUGGCUGUACGAUUGGAGAUAUGCUUCUUAGCGACUUCAUUCCAACAUGCUCUGAGUGCUCGACUCCACACCCUGCACCGGGUAUACCUGCAGUGCGCGGAGAGAGUGCCAUGGGGAUUUGUCGCCAGUGUCAUCGCAAGAUGGUGUUCAAGACCCCGGAGGUCAAGUUCCUCUUGGUGGGAAGCGUAGCAAUCGCUGCCCGUGGAGCUCUUCCCCGCAAAAGAAAGGUCGGUACACUCCAGCAAGCAGACUUACAAUCUGAGUCUAACACUUCUCCCAGCCCCAGGAAGUGCUAG